AGCAGGGGCAGCAGAAACUGCCCCUGCACAAUGUGGUCAUGGAACUAAUGUUGUUUUUACCAAACUCUAAACCCAGAGUAAAACAAACUGCUGCUGUCAGAUAUCACACCCGCUAUUCUCGCUGUGAAACGUCUGGAGAAAUGGAAUACAAAAUGCAGCGCAUCAAGACAGCAGAGCGAACCGUCUCGGGGAGGAAGUGUUAUCCCUGCUCUUACUGUGGAAGAGAGUUUGGACAGAGGAAGGGGUUGACGCAGCAUGAGAGAAUUCACACCGGGGAAAAGCCUUAUAGCUGCACUGAAUGUGGAAAGCUCUUUCGGCAGCUCUCGACUCUGUACGUGCACCACAUGACCCACACCGGAGAGAAACCCUUCCAGUGCGCUAUAUGUUUUAAAAGCUUUUACUGCUCCGGAGACCUGAAGAAGCAUCUGGGCGUCCACACUGGCGUGAGGCCUUACAACUGCACUAUAUGCACGUCCAGUUUCUCGCGACCCAGUGAACUGAAAAGACACAUGCAGAAACAUUUAAAUAAGGAUGCUCAAGAGUAUGCAGAGAACAUCUCGGCUGGUCUGUUGACUUCUAAUGAUGAGCUCCAGGCUCAGUUAGAGGACGUAGAGGGCAUUAGUAGUGAAUCAUCUCAUAUCCCAGAGAAACUGGCUGCUCGGAUACGCUUAUGUACAUCCGGUCUAGCGUCAGACUUCUACGAGGAAGUCAGUGUCCCCAAAGUGAAGGCCCGUUGCCUUUCUGCAGAGAGAAAUCCACAAGCCAGUGAAAAAACACCUAGUCAACCGAUAAAUCUCCCUGUUCACAAACACCAAGUUGAGCAGGACCUUAUCCCAAAGGACGAGCAGCCGGCUGAAGCUGAUCCAGAUCACAGGCUACACCAGUGCUCAGUCUGUAACAAAGGUUUUCAUAAAAGAUCAGCUCUGAACAGACACCAGAGUGUGGCCCACACAGAUGUCCAUUUUGACGAUAUUCCGCAUGACUGCGCUCAGUGUGGAAGGACGUUUGCUCGAUUAAGUGAGCUCACGGUUCAUCAGAAGGUUCACGUUGGAGAGAAGUGUUAUGAAUGCAGCUACUGUAAGAGAACUUUCAGGCAAAAAGGAAGCUUAAAGAGGCACGAGCAAGUUCACUGUGACGAGUGUCGCCUCAAGUGUUUUGAGUGUGGGAAGAGGUUUAAUCGCUCAAAAGAUCUACUGGUUCACCAGCGAAUACACACAGGAGACAAACCUUACAAGUGCCAAGAGUGUGGGAAGAGUUUUCGUCAGAAAGGACAUCUGACCAUGCACAGGCCUGUUCACUCAGGUGCGAAGCCUUAUGAGUGCCCAGUCUGUCACAAGAGUUUCUCUUACUCUUCUUCCAUGAAGAAACACAAACGGACAGUUCACAAGGAUGUUGACAUAGAAGACUACAUCAAGAAAGAAUCAGAAAAUAUACCCUAAACAGAAAGCUCAGGAAUUGCAAGCUUCAACAACAAAGACCCUUAACAGUGAAGAGAGGGUAGUGGACAGUAACUUGAAUCAGAACAUCAGCGCCCCAGUCUGGAGGUACUAAACGCAGUAGUCUGGAACUGGAAGUUGUGAAGAAUAAACAAAUUACAGGACAUUUAACAAUAUUCUAUUGUCUCUGGUUGAAAUAAGUGCUAGUAACAAGUAGUGACAGCAUUUCCAGUUCCAGCAGUUCCAUCUAGUGCCAGUCCUAUUAGUUGCUUCUGUUUAACCUGUUAAAAUGACAUAAGCUGACAGUCACAGAUACAGGUCUUUAAAAAAAAAUCCUUCCUGUAAGUUUAUCUCUCUAUCUAACUUUCUGAGGAUGAAUUCUGUAGAAAGAUAGACCUCCAAGAGAAUUGCUUAUGGCCACUUAUUUUAGACGACACCCCCUAAAAAAAGCACAUAAAAGCCUAAUACAGUAAUAUAAAUACUGUACUCUAGUUUAAAGAAAAAAUAAAACACUAGGUAAUAAGUAUAGUAAUGCUUCCCAACACAGGAUUUCUAAAGUAAUGUGUGAAGUGAAUCUUUUGCUGUCCGCAUUUUUGUUUUGAUCAUAGAACUGUAAUUUGUCAAACUGUAAUAUCUGAAGAAGAGUGCCAUAUAAAUAGAAAGAAAUUAAAACGCCUUGUUUUAAAGUAUUUUGAAAACUCAGCAACCGACUCUCCUCCUUUGUUCCUUUACAACCAAAUAAAGCCAGUUCUCUGCCUACAGAAAUGUAUGUUAUUUCUUUUAAAAAAAUCAAAUAUAACCUCAGAGGUUUUCAUCAUGUGCCUGUAGGUGGCAGUAAAGCCACUCUGUCUCCUGCUGUAAAAAAUUAUGACUAGGGGAAAUAUAUCUUGACAAUACUGUUUUUUUUCUUUCUUUCCCUCAUAUGAUGAAGUUCUGCAUUGUGCUUUAAGGUAAAAUAUAAUUGUAAGUCUAUGAUAGACAAGCUAUGAUAAUUAUAUGUUUAUUUAAUUUGUUUAAUGAUUUAAUAUGCAUACCCUUUAUAAAACCCUUAAAUACAUGAAUUACUUAAUCUUCUUGUUGUGUUCAUUUUAAGUUAACUAGUAUAACUUGUCAAAAUGAUUGUUUUAGCUGAUUUAUAAAUCCACAAUAAUGCUUUUUAGGUUUUAUCACUUAAUGUUGUGAUAGAUUUUUAAUCAGCUUAAGUUUUCAUGUUAAAUAUUUUUAACUUCUAUUUGCAUUUUUUUUUGCCGGAGCUCAUACAGCUAAAUUUUUAGUUAAAUUAGCAUAAUUUUAUUAUUGAUUUGACUAUGACAUAUUCCAAUUAAAUAUAUUGUGCUUGUGUUGCUAAGUAACUGUUGUGGUGUUGUUUACUUGUAUGUGGUAUUUGUUUUAUCUGCACACAAAUUGGUGCACAAAUCUUUUCUAAAUCAUAAUUUUAUUAUAAUUUAAACCCCUACAAUGAUGCAUUUCUUUCUAAUUGUUGGUUAAUUGUUUUGACCCGGAACACCUGAUAUGAGUACAUAAAUUAAAGUAAUAUAAAUGUGAAUAAAAAUGAGCAGCAUUGAUUCAGUGUGUUCAGAUUGCCUGUGAUAAUCAUAUUAAAUAAACUACUCUCUUUCA